AUGCAUCUCAUGAUCAAUGACUCGAAAGACUUUAUUUACGGCGAACUGUUGGCCUGUCUGUACGCUGCGGGCGAUCAGGCAUCAAUGAUGGAGGAGUCGCCAGAAGAGGAACGCAAGAGGGAAGAGAUGUUGCGUAUGUAUCACGCGUGCAAAGAGGCCCUACGGAUCAUUGGCGACGUGUCGAUGGCCACCAGUUACGCACCGGCGCCGCCACCCGUGAAAGACGACUGGUCACUGCGCAACUUAGCGCCCUCUCCCACACCCCCGCCGGCAGCGGUUGGUGGCGGAGGCGGCGGCGGCGGCGGUAGCCGACAGGUUGCGCCGCCGAUGAGCAAUCCGAGUCGUCCGGCGCCGCCGCCAGCGGCGAACCCAUCGCGCGGUGCGCCGCCACCGCCGGGC